AUGGCUUCACAUCGGUUGGAUAACCAGUCGCACGUCUUUCCCAAUGGCCAAGUCGAGAGGACCCAUGGUCGAGGCUCAUCCUCUGAAAAUGAAUCAGAUUUGCCGGACAAAUUUGCUGAAGUGAUGAGUGGCAUAUAUCGCAGUUCCUUCCCGCAAGCGCAUCAUCUUCCGAUCAUGAAGAAGUUUGGGCUGAAAACUAUUGUGACACUCGUUGAUGAGCCCUACUCCCCUGCUCACGAAGCAUUUCUCAGGGAAGGGAACAUCACCCACCAUCGAAUCCUAGUACAGCCAAACAAAGAGUUGACUCUGAAGUCUCCCGACGCUGUCAUCGCGAAGGUUGUGGAAAUAUUGGUCAAUAGAAAUAACCAGCCCGUCUUGGUGCAUUGCAAUAAAGGCAAGCAUCGUACCGGUUGCGUUAUUGCCUGUUUGCGAAAGCUUCAAGGUUGGAGUCGUGACAUGAUCAUUCCCGAAUAUCUGAGUUUUUCGCAUCCCAAAUCUCGUCUUCUUGAUGAGAAAUUCAUUGAAGAAUUUGAUGUCUCUAAAUUCACGCAUUUGAGUCACAACCUGAGAGCACCUCUCUGGCCUCUUCCCGCCAGCCCAAAGCUCUGUCUCGAUAAUGACGAAGAUUGUCCUUCACCUACCAAGUGGUAUCUGCAACCGUCCGUGAGCAGGGUGAAUGCUUUCUAA